GCUCCAUGUUCAAUAAAGUACUACCUGAUAACAUUAAUGUGUACGCGGUCACUUCGUCACUGCCAGAUGAAACUAGAAACUUUUUAACUUAUGAUGAUAAACUGAAAACAUAUAUAAGCUCGUUUUUUGCAAACAAUUGGCUCGUAAAUGAUGAGACUUACGAUCUGGAAAAUGAGACGUUUGAUGAACAAUAUAACAGUGCUAACAAUGAUAAUGAAAAAUUAAGUUAUGUGAAGGAAAUGGAAAGAGUGCUAAAUGGCAGACAAUAUGUUGAUAAACACAUCAAUGAUUACGUGAAUAGUAUUCAACACUUACUGACAGUUGAAAGAUACUUAUGUUUUACGCAAAUUACAAAAUUGCUUAUCAUUACCAUAUGGAACUUUAAUAAACCAAUA